GCUCUCCGAUGUGGGACUGCCUUUGCAAUUUAUCCAAAAAUCUCAGAUAAACCCCUCCCCUCCCCUCCCCGCCAUAUCUGUAGGAGUGGAAUUCAGAAAGGAAGAAAUGCCGCUCUCUCUAUCUCUAUCUCUCCUCUCCUCUGUAUCACUUCGCUCUUCCUCUCCGCCCGCCUAUCUUCGCACUCCAACCUCCGUUUCUCUUUCCACCCGCUCUCUGCUUCCGCCCUCCGUCCACCGCCGCCGCCGCCGCUGCUGCUUCCUGAAUUUCUCCCGCCGGCACUGCCUUCCACCCGCCGCUGCUCAAUUCUACAGCGAAGAAGAUGAGUUGCUUGAAAUUGAAGGGUCUGACACUGAGGACGACGAGGAAGAGAGCCUCGAUGUCGAUGCUCUUGAGCGCGAAGCUAAGCAGGCUGCUCGGGAGUUCUCAGAGUCUUUAUCUCGGCAAUUAAGAACAGAGGAUGAAAAAACUAGUGAGAAAGAAACUCGGAAGCAGAAAAGACUCAAAAGUACAAGUAGUGUCCCUGAUCAUCUCCUUCCAAAAGUUGUAAUUGUUGGAAGGCCAAAUGUUGGCAAAUCAGCGCUGUUUAAUCGACUUGUUGGGGGGAACAGGGCCAUUGUGGUGGAUGAACCUGGGGUAACCAGGGACCGCUUAUAUGGGAGAUCCUUUUGGGGAGAAUAUGAAUUUAUGGUAGUGGAUACAGGAGGAGUUCUUACUAUCUCAAAGUUACAGGAUGAUGUGAUGGAUGAAUUGGCUAUCUCAACAACCAUUGGAAUGGAGGGGAUUCCACUUGCAACCCGUGAGGCUGCUGUUGCUAAAAUGCCUUCAAUGAUUGAAAGACAAGCUACUUUUGCUGUUGAAGAAUCAUCUGUCAUCGUAUUUGUUGUUGAUGGACAGGCAGGUCCAACUGCCGCUGAUGUGGAAAUAGGGGACUGGCUGCGCAAGAACUAUUCACAUAAGUGUAUUAUUCUUGCCGUUAACAAAUGUGAAUCUCCACGCAAAGGAAUCAUGCAAGCAUCAGAUUUCUGGUCUUUGGGGUUCUCACCGCUUCCAAUAUCAGCUAUAUCUGGGACUGGAACUGGAGAGCUUCUGGAUCAUGUUUGCUCAGGAUUAAAGAAAGUUGAGGACACAGAAGCUCUUGAAGAUGAAGAAAAUUAUAUUAUUUCAGUUGCAAUAGUUGGUCGCCCAAAUGUUGGAAAAAGUAGUAUUUUGAAUGCUCUAGUUGGGGAAGACAGAACAAUUGUUAGUCCCGUCAGUGGAACUACUCGUGAUGCUAUUGAUACAGAGUUUACUGGAUCAGAUGGACAGAAAUAUCGUCUCAUUGAUACUGCAGGAAUAAGGAAAAAGGCAACUGUGGCUUCAUCUGGUAGCAUAACAGAAGCGUUGUCUGUAAAUCAAGCUUUUCGUGCAAUACGUCGUUCAGAUGUUGUGGCUCUUGUAAUUGAGGCUAUGUCUUGCAUCACUGAGCAGGAUUGCAAGAUUGCAGAAAAGAUAGAGAAGGAAGGCAAAGGUUGCCUCAUUGUUGUAAAUAAGUGGGACACAAUUCCUAAUAAAAACCAAUCAACUGCAAUUGACUAUGAGCAAGAUGUUAGGGGGAAGCUCCGUGUUCUUGGUUGGGCACCUAUUGUGUAUUCAACUGCAAUAGCAGGACAUAGCGUCGACAAAAUCAUUGUUACUGCUGAUGCUGUUGAAAAAGAGAGAUCAAGAAGAUUAACCACGGCAACACUGAAUCAAGUGGUACGUGAGGCAGUGGCGUUCAAAUCACCUCCAAGGACUAGAGGUGGGAAGAGGGGUCGUGUAUAUUAUUGCACUCAGGCUGCUAUUAGACCACCUACAUUUGUCUUCUUUGUCAAUGAUGCAAAACUUUUCUCUGAGACAUACCGACGGUACAUGGAAAAGCAACUGAGAUCAAGUGCAGGGUUCUCAGGCACACCUAUUCGGCUUCUGUGGCGCAGCAGAAGGAAAAUGGAAAAAGAUGGCGGCAAGGUUUCUCGAGAGACCUCUACAACGCUAGAAAGAAGACUGGAAGUCGCAAAAUGAGUCAAUGCAACAUACCAACUGCAACUAAGGUAUCAAUUUGCCAUAUCUCGGGAAAAUUUUCUUGUCGGUGGAGCAGAAACAAGCUCAUGGUUGUAAUGAAAAGCAAACGUCGCUUUCUGUUGUCGUGCCUCUAUAAAGCUCGUCGAUCCACCUAGUCUGUCUACAUUGAGAAUGAGAUGCAAAGAUCACUUCCAUUUUUAUGGGCAACAUGAUCAGUUGAAUCUUCACUAAGGUUGUAUAGUGGUGGAGAAUGGUGAUACCAUGAGGGUUCCUUGUAGAAGUGUAUGUACUAUGUAGUGUGUACAUAAGCAUAUACUCUUGUUGGUUGUUUAAUGAACAUUACAAAGGAGUUAUUUUACUA